UCAAAAUUCAAAUACAUCUUCCCUUGAUUAAAACUCCACCAAUCCAUUAGCCUUCCUCAUUAGUUGACUUUCUAAUUAAUCUAUUACAUCCCUUCCCCAAAUAACAACCACUACUACAACAUCUUCUUCCAUGGAUGCACCUCAAAAAUUGACCAUUAUAUUUCUCCCUAUCCCCUCCUCAAUAAACCUCCAUUCAAAACACCCUUAAACAUUUUCACACCAAAUUCAACACAAAAAAAAUAAAUAAAAAAUAAAUGAACUCCACAAAUACCAACUUUCCAGAAGAAGAAAGUAGCACAAUAGGAGGGUUCACAUACGGGGUAGGAGUCUCAUUAGGCAUCCUUAUACUAAUCACAACAAUAACACUAGCAUCCUAUUUUUGUACUCGAGAUGACGGGUCAGAAGGGCAUCAACAAAGGCAAACACAAGAUCAAGAUCAAGAUCGAGAUCGAGAUCAUAUCAUCAUAACAAUUGAAGGAAUUGAUGAAGAUACUUUGAAGACAUAUCCAAAGUGUUUAUAUUCACAACUUGAGAAUAACAAUAAAAUUAAUAACAAAAAAGAGACGUCAACAAUAAAUUGUUGUUCAAUAUGUUUGGCGGAUUAUAAAGGGAAAGAUGUAGUAAGACAAUUAGGAGAAUGUGGACACGUAUUUCAUCAAAAAUGUGUAGAUCCAUGGCUUAGACUACACCCAACUUGUCCUGUUUGUAGGACUUCUCCUUUGCCUACCCCACAAUCAACACCUCUUGCUGAGGUUGCUCCUCUUGCUUCUUCAAGAAUUGUUGGGUAAUUUUAAUUAUUUUUUUUAUUUUAAAUUGUUUAUAAAUGCAUAUGAUGAUAAUUAUAAUUUAGGCUUCGAUUUUUGGGCACUGACAAUUUACAGGGCAAAGAAAGAGUUUAUUAAUUAAUUUUUGUAAAUGUAGGAUUUUUUUUAGCAAGUCUUGUAUGAGACCGUCUCACCGCACGGGCUCAUAUAAACAGCCCAAAGUUGAAUUUACACAGACGGUUUUUUCAUCAAAAUUAAGAAAUUUAAAAUUGGCUUAACUCAUAUUAAGCCAUUUUUCGGUGAGACGGUCAUUGUAACUGUUUGUUAUUUUGGUAAUUGAGUUCAGUUGACUUUGUUUCAUCUGGUUUAAGUUAAUCGUCACAAUGGGUGCG